AUGAACACCGUCAUACCGAAUGGCUUCCGCGCAUUACCGCUCCCGCUUGCUCAGCUGUCUCUCGCCGCUGUUCUCAAAUGCGGACAGUCUUUUCGCUGGUGUAUCUUCUCCUUACAUGAACUCAGCCCACCUAGCCCAGAACUGAACAUUCCGACACACGAAUAUCGACUCUGCUUACGCGACCGCGUAGUCUGUCUGCGCCAGUCCUCGACUUCUUUGUUCUACCGCUCAGUCUUUCCACAAACCACCAACGGCGACCCUGAGGCUCGAGAAGCAGAGACUCUGGCUUGGAUCCGCGACUACUUUCAACUAGACGUUGACCUGAAGGAGCUCUAUGCACAAUGGAGCGCCGCGGACCCUGUCUUCCACCGGCUACAGGACCGGUUCGAAGGUAUCAGAAUGCUUCGGCAAGAUCCCUUCGAAAACCUCAUGUCGUUCAUAUGCUCGUCGAACAACAACAUAUCCCGUAUCACUAAGAUGGUCAAGGGACUAUGUCAGCACUACUCGCCUGCUCUUGUUUCACUUCCUCCGCCAUCCGGUUCGACGGCAGCCGAGGAGCCAUAUCACCCAUUUCCCCCACCGUCUGCCUUGGCAGCACCGGAAGUUAGCACGCAGCUGCGUGCGCUGGGCUUCGGAUACCGUGCAGACUUUAUACAGCGGACUGCAGCUAUGCUUGUCGAAACGCACGGGGUGACUCAGAGCCCGAAGACUCGCAUGGAGCCGUCGGAGGAGUGGCUCACGACUCUGCGGACACUAAGUACGACGGAGGCGCGGGCAGAGCUGCUUAAGUUCGUAGGCGUAGGCCGUAAAGUGGCUGACUGUAUAUUGCUGAUGAGUCUUGACAAGAGAGAGGUCAUACCUGUGGACACACAUGUACACCAGAUAGCUGUCAAAAACUACGGUCUCAAGGGUGCCGCCAAGGCCGCAAGCAUGAACCCAAAACUGUAUGAAGAAGUCAGCACCAAGCUGUCUGUAGUAUGGGGAGAGUAUGCCGGCUGGGCGCAUUCCGUCCUCUUCACUUCGGACCUGAAGUCGUUCGCCUCAUACGGCCUUCCUUCACCGCCGUCUACGCCAUCUAUGACCCCAGAUAGCGCAUCCACUUCCGCAGCCAUCACUCCCCUCGCUACACCACUCAGCGAAACACCGAGCUCGACAAAUAGUCGGAAGCGCAAACAGUCAAGUGGUCGAUCUGCGAGACCUUCGAAGCUGAUGGUCGAAGUUGCGGACGCACUGCCGGAGCUCACGAUCGAAGAUCCAACACAUAGCUUAGCAGAGCGAGUAAAAAGGCGGCGGAGGGGCGCAGGGCCGUAG